CAAUUUUGCUAAAAAAAAAAAAAAAGAAAGAAGAGAAAACAAAAGGAAAAGUGAUAUCAACGAUAUUAAUCCUCGAAUAUGUCGAUCAAUGUGAAUCAAGGUAAAGUGUUCUACGAAGGAGAACUAUCGAAGAACUAAAUCAUUUUAAUGUCUACGUUUGAUUCAUUGGACCAACGAUUAUUAUUCAAGGUUAUUUAACGAGCAUUCUCGCUCGCUUGGUACCGCAAUGCGACUCAUAUGACACUUCGUCCAUCUAACAAAAGCAUCGUUAUGGGAUCUAUAUUAUACAUGAGAUAACACCUACCUAAUUUCGAAAGUAAAUCGUUCGAUCAUCCUGGAUCACAGAGACUUCGUCGUAACAUUAAAAAAUCGACAUUACGAUUUUACGAGCACUGCCGAUAUCUUUGAAACUUCCAAUAACGAUUACUUUCUUCUUCUUCUUCCUUCCUUCCUUCCUCUCUUUCGUAAAUAACUUAAACAGUUAAUAAAAAAAAAAAGAAAAAACUCUCGUGAGAAAAUGUGGCGAGUAGUAGUAGCACGUUCGGACGAGAACAGUACUUUGUUGUCCUCGGACAUUACUUCUGGUGCCGUAGCACCAACGCAUUUACCAUCCGGUCAUCAUUGGGGUUAUCCACCUCCGCCGCAUCAUCCUCCUUAUCAACCGCAGCAUCCUGACAUGCGUCAUCAUCAUGAUAUGCGUCCACCACCACCUGACCUUCGUCAUCCUCCGCCAUCCAAUAUAAACGAUAUCAGAACUCACGAAAUGCAAAGACCUGACCUUAGGCAUCAAGAGAUGCAAAGACAUCAAGAUGCACAAAGACAUCAAGAUAUGCAUAGAUCAGAUAUAGUUAGGCAUCAAGAAAUAAGACAUCCCGAUGUUAGGCAUCAGGAUAUGUCCGGGAUGAGAUCAGACAUGACAGAGAUCAGAACCAAUCACGAAUAUUCUGAUCUUAAAAUUGACGAGAUGAGAUCUCAAGAUGCUAAUCAACAACAACAACAGCAACAACAACAACAACAACAACAGCAGCAACAGCAGCAACAGCAACAACAACAGAAUCAAGCUCAUCAUCAUUCGAGGAAUCUCAAAAGAGCUAUGAGCGACUCUGAUUGCGAUGACGUCUUUUCCGAAGAAAGCGGAAAGGAACCAUGCAAUUCACCCGGAGGUGAUUCUUGUCAGCACGCAUCGCGUAAACGUAGAAGGGGGAUGAUCGAAAAGAAACGCCGUGACAGAAUAAACGCAUCCCUUGGAGAACUGAGAAGAUUGGUGCCUGCAGCGGCUAGAGACCCUCAUAGUGCAAAAUUGGAGAAGGCUGAAAUACUUCAGCUCACGGUCGAACAUUUACGUACUCUUAGAAAUAAAGGGCCCGAUGGUUAUGACAGUACUAAAUUAGCUAUGGAUUAUCAUGCAGUUGGUUGGGGUGAAUGUGCCGCCGAAGUUGGUCGUUACUUAAUCACUAUGGAAGGUUUGGAUGAGAGAGAUCCAUUAAGGUUACGUCUUCUCUCUCAUUUACAAAGUUUCCAUAGGGAACAUACAACAGGACCACCACCUUCAACCGGUGUCCCUGGGCCAGGUGUACCCUCAGCAACAACACUUACAUCUACCUCAACAGUCAGCAGUUAUGAAUCUCCUAGCACGGUAUCUACUGGUAUGCCACCAGGACCUGGUACUAUGCCACCAUUACUUGGUGGUGGUGCUUUAGGUUGGAGCCAAUAUCCAACACAAUAUGCACAACAACAAGGCAAACCUUACAGACCUUGGGGAGCAGAACUUGCUUAUUGAGGAUACGAUUAUUUAGGAGAAAGUAUAUAAAUAGUUCGAUAUUAAUUUAUAAAAUUUUCUUUUUUGUUUCUUCCUAUUUUUUUUCUCUUCUC